AAACCGUACAGAAUUAUCGACAGAAGUUAAUGUGCAAUUUACGAGUCCUCGCCGCCGUCCUGUCGGCGUUUGGCUUUUUCAUUCCAUGUGCACACUUCUUUGUAAGAGUUUAUGGAGAUAUCAUGCUAAUGGUAGAUAAUUUACCAUUUACUUUAACUGCUAUAAGUUCUUUCGUGAGAAUCACAAUUUUUUGGUGGAAGAAAGAAGCUAUCAUACCAAUGAUAGAUAUGAUUACGGAGGAUUGGGAAAAGUCAGAAGUUAAGCAAGAGAGAAACAUUAUGAUUAGACGGGCACACAGUGCACGUAUUAUUACUAUUUGCAGCUAUUGCCUAACGGCAUUGUGCUGUUUUAUUGCGAUUGUCCCGGGCUUUAGAAUGCUUAUUAGAUACACACCCAAUAUUACUGAUCCAGGCAGAUUGAUGCCUUUACCAGCGCAUUAUAUUUACGAUUUAUCAAAAAGGCCGCAGUACGAACUGACGUAUAUAAGUCAAGUUAUCUACAUAUUUUUCAUUAAUACAUCUAAUUGUGGAAUUGACAACUUUCUCGCUUUGUUAAUCUUUCACAUAUGUGGCCAAUUGGAUAUUCUCAAAAAUCGUUUGGCACAUCUGGAUAAGUAUAUCAAUUCUCGUGACCUACUAAAGAGUUGCAUCAUGAAACACAUUCGUUUAUUUAGAGCCAUUGACAUUGUUGAAGAUGCAUAUAAUUUGACACUUCUAGCAUUAUAUGCAUACUUUUGUAUACUCUUGGCCUUCUUUGGUUUCCGAAUAAUUGACUUAUUCGACGAAGGAAAUGAUUUAUCACGUACAGACAUGGUAUUUUUUGUAUCUACGAUUUUUUUCUUAUUUGGACAAUUGUUUUUAUAUUGUGCUCUGGGCGAAUUUUUGGUAAAUCAAUGUGAUGAAAUAUAUUACGCGGUUUACAGUAAUAAAUGGUAUUCCGUGAACCAAAAACUUGCACAAGACUUGUUGCUUUUGCUUAUAAGAGGUUCUAAACCGAUUUAUCUCACAGCUGGAAAAAUGUUUCCCAUAACGCUGACUAUGUUUUGCAAUAUCAUAAAAACAUCAGUCGGAUACGUAUCUGUUUUACAUACCAUGAAAAUUUAUUAG